CCAUUUGUAUAAUUUCCAUAGCCCUGGUUUUGUCCACUUUUCAGGAUUUUCUCGACUGUAUAUACAUACAUAUGUACCUGUAUGUCCAAAAACACCAUUGCUAAUGUUUUACAAUGUUAUAAGUGCUCAGUAUCCAUUGAAAAAUAUGUUUUGAAUAAUAAAACCAUUUCGACGCCACUUUGCUUCAAAUUUCAAGAAUCUAAUAAUUAUGCUGUAGAGUGUCCAUAUUCAACAAUGUGCUUAAAAACCAUUUCUAUUCUUCACCUACAAAAUGGUCAGAGACAAGAAACUAUAACCAGAGGAUGCGCCCAACAAAAAAACACCACUCAGAUUUUUCGUAAUAAGCAGUGGGAACAAGAGCAUUUAGUUCAGGAAGUGUAUGAUGAGGGCUGUAAAGACAUAAACACCGACCGGUUAGCGGGAUCAACAGAAAAAAAAAAUUGUUAUUGUCGAGGAAAUCUGUGCAACCCAUCAAGUUAUGUUACUCUUGACAUUAAUGUGAUGAUCAUCACGUUUUUAUGGCUCUGGCCAUACAUAAACUUGUUUGAUAUAGUUGUAAGCUAUUUAAAAUAAAUCAAAAUCAAUGAA